GAGCAUGCGACACAUGUUCAUAUCACAUCACUGAAUAAUUUCUUGUCAUUGUUUUCAGAUUCAAAUGGCUGUUGAUUUUGAGGUAAAUGAAUCUACUGACUGGGGUGACAAUGAAUCGUUCAAUGAUUUACACUCUGUGUUGUUUGAUGAGGUUUCCCAUGUUAUAAACACUAAUGGUAGUGAACAAGGAAAACGCUUGAAAAAGAACAUUAGGAAGAAGAAAAGACUGAAGACUGAUGAAAAAAGUGACAAGGAUGAAAAAAUUGUAGAAAAAUUGAUACGGAAAGAAGGUACUAAAAAGAAACAGAAACACAAAGGGCAGGAUGAAUCUGAAAUUUCCACGAAAGUAGAAAAAACAAAUGUGAAACAUAAAGGAAAGAAGAGAAAGAUGGUAGACGAUUCCCAAUUGGAGCCAAAUAUAUUAAAGAAGAAGAAAAAAACAUUAAAUAGCAAGACUACAGUAAAAGGGAAGGUUAAGCAAGGUGAUGAAGAAAACAAAGAUUUUGCUGUUGAAUCUAAAAAAGGCAAGAAAAAGAAAGGAAAAUUGAAAGUUAAAGAUGAGAUGAAACCUUCGGAAACUGAAGCUAAUGGAUCUGAUCUACAAGAUAAUUUAAAAACGAAGACAAAGAAAAAGCGGAAAAGGAAGGCUGUAAACAAAUUCAAAACAGAAGAAUUUUUAAACAGGAAAAAUUUGUGCGGAAAGUUUGUUGACCUCACAGCACCACCUCCAAAAAUAAACAAGAAAGACAUUAAGAUCAUUCCAAUGAAAGAAACAAACUCAAACAGUCAACCAAACAUAAAUGAUAAACAACAACAGAAUGUUUCCCAAAAAGGUAAAAAAGGCAAGAAACAUAAAAAAGAAGAAAACAAAAAUGAAACAGAACAACAGAAUGUUUCCCAAAAAGGUAAUCCUAGCAAGAAACAGAGAAAAAGAGCACAGAAGGAAGAGCUUGAAAAAGAUGAAGAAAAAUCAAAUAGAAGUGAUGAGGAGAUAUCCAAAGAAACAGAGUCAAAGAAAAAGAAACCAAUUGAUCUCAGAACGAAGAUGGAGAAUAAGUUGAAAGGUGCAAGAUUCAGGUUCAUUAAUGAGAAACUUUACACCUGCACUGGUGAUUCGGCAUUGGAAUUGUUUACAGAAGACAGGGAGGCUUUCCAGGUGUACCAUGAUGGGUUUGUCGAGCAGGUGAAAACAUGGCCAGUUAACCCUGUUGAUACAAUCAUUGCAGACCUUCUGAAGAUGCCGUCCUCAAAAGUUGUAGGUGAUUUUGGAUGUGGAGAUGCAAAGAUUUCUAAGAGUGUCAAACAAAAAGUUCAUUCAUUUGACCUGGUUGCAACUAAUAAAAAUGUUGUUGCUUGCAAUAUGGCAAAUGUUCCAUUAUCUGAUGGUGAGCUGGAUGUAGCUAUCUUCUGUCUGUCGUUGAUGGGGACCAAUUGGAUUGAUUACCUAAAGGAAGCUAACAGAGUUCUAAAAAACAAGGGUAUGCUGAAAAUUUCGGAAGUGUCCAGUCGCUUUCAAAAUUUGAAAGCUUUUGUGUUGGCAAUGAAGAGACUUGGAUUUUCCCAAAUACACAAGGAUACUAGCAACAAGUUUUUCAUCUCAUUUGACUUCAAGAAGCAAAGUUCUCCUAAAGAGAUCUCGGAAGGCAUGAAUGAGAUUCUUAAACCGUGCCUAUACAAGAAAAGAUAAAUAAAUAUGAUAUGAGUUUGGUUUUGAUUACGUGAUCAUACAGAACCAAUUUUAUGAAUAAACUAAUUUUGAGUAAAAU